AGAUAAACUCAUUCUCCUUUCUCUAAGGUUGGGAGUGCUCAUCCAGUGCAAGUUGAUGUACUGCGUCAGGCUGGUCUGCAAGUUGAUGUCGUCCUUCCUCCAAACUUUGAAAGCGAUGUGAGCUUGUGCAUUGAUGGUGCUGCCACCUUCCUCCAAACUUUGAAAGCGAUGUGAGCUUGUGCAUUGAUGGUGCUGCCACCAAGCCAGUGAAAUUUGGUGUCCUUGGUAGAACCGUUCUCAAGGGAGGACACAACAUUUAAUGAAUGUGCACUAUUGCAUAUAGGUAUCCAUUUUCUCACCCGUCUGUUCAUCUCUGUAACUUUCCUUGACGUCUAGUGCGUCGCCUGGCUAUAAAAGCAUGGGGCUGCCUUCUUUUCAUCGCACCCCUCCCUUCAGUGCACCCUCUCCCGCAGUCUUGAUAUAGUGCACGUUUGAGCCACUAGAAUUCUUGGCAGCUGCAAAGAUCUUUUGGUCUAGCUAAACGGUCUUGCAGCCUUCUGACACAGGUAUAGAAAGGCCAUAUGGAUGCUGCUUCUUCGUCUAAACAGACAAGGAAAAGACGGCGCUGUAAAGAAGCAGCUACCUGCACAUCAGUGGCAACUGCUGAGGGUACAGUUCGUGGGAGGCAGGCUCGCCGAGGAUCCACAAGACAGGGAAAGAAAGAAGGAAAGUGUCUGGCCCAGGCGGAAAAUCAAGUGUACCUUACACCUGGGAUUUCAUACUACGGCCCUCCUGCGCACGCGUGCCAGUACUGCGGCGCGCAGUUCUGGCACCAAGAGCGCGUGAAAAGGUCCUACUCAGGUGAAGGAGGCUGUAUUCGUUUCCAUCUUUGUUGUCGUGGAGGUAAAGUUGUCUUGCCGUUUCAAAGGGAUCCUCCUCAGUUCCUGGCUGGGUUGCUGGAUCCACACGGUGAUGUUUUGUCUAAAUACUUCAUUAAGUCCAUAAGAUCAUAUAAUUCAAUGUUCGCUUUCACAUCACUUGGUGCCAAAAUUGAUACUGGUAUAAAUAAGGAACCUGGGCCAUAUGUGUUCAAAAUUAAUGGUCAGGUCCAUCAUCGGAUUGGUUCUUUGCUACCGGAUGAGGGUAAACCCCCAGUGUAUGCACAACUCUAUAUUUUUGACACUGAAAAUGAGAUUCAGAAUCGAAUGUCAAUUUUUGAUAGGGACAGGGAGUGCGAUAAAGAUAAUGGAGUUGAUAAAAAAAAUUGUUGA